AAGUUUUUUAAUGACCUAUAGAAACUUUGCCCAUAGGAAGCUUGGCUUGCGACCACUUGGAGAGCCGGGACGGACCGCUCCGUAUUUUGGCAUCCCUACCGUGUUAUUGUCUCUGUGGCUCCGCGUAGUUUCCUUCCUCCCUCCCGCCUUCCGUCCCUGCCUUUCGCUUCCGUUAAUGCGCAUGCAAUUGUUGCUUCUUCACGGUUUCUCAUCCUUUCUUCUUCUACAUGAUUUUGAUUUCUGUACAGAAGACGAUUCUUUUAACGAGGUAAAUGAGGGAAGCGGCCAUCCUCUGCUGGGUCAAGUAUCUCAAAGGCGAUUGGUUUCAUAAUUGGGCGAGUUAACGGUUAUUCGUUGCAUGCCCUCAGACCUGGACAGCGGUUUUCGUGUUCUUUUGAGGCUGUAAUCAUCUUAUUAUCUGUGAGGUACUUCCUUCAAUAUGGUUGACCGCAAGCUGUUUAAAACAAAGUUAUGUAUCCUAUAUCAAAGAGGUCGCUGCCCAAGACAGAGUUGCACCUUUGCCCAUGGUGAGGCUGAACUUAGGCGGUUCUCUGUAGCUGGCGGUAGGAGGGAUUAUCGAGGCAGUGACUUGAGAGACAGGCUUGAUAGACGGAAAUCUCCUUAUCGGAGGUCUCCCCAGGGUAGAGGCUUCAGAGGACAACAUGUCUUCCAUGGCAGGAAGCAUGAUAGGGGACACAGCCCUUCUCGUUCUCCUGGAAGGGACAGUGAGAGGAGAAGUUCAAAGAGGCAGCAUGUGAGUGGACAUAGUGAUGCUUCUGACAGCCUAAACUUCUCAGAUGCUGGUGGUAGUCGAGCACAGGAAACCAAAUCAUACUCAAACAGUGACAGAGACAUUGCGGAAGAACAGUUGAAACAGGUUCAGUUAGACAUCGAAUUGCUUGAUGCUCAAAAGCGUGAAUUAGAGAAUUCUUUGGAGAAGACAAAUGAAGAAGUUGACAGACUUUCCAUAAAAAAUGAGGACCUUGACAUUCAAUUGAAGCAGAUGCAAGAAGAUUGUAGAAGGGUCACUUUAAAAAUAAAAAAGUUUGUUAAAGUUUACAACCGUCAUUCAAGGGCGCAAGAUGAACUAAAGAGGGCUCAAACUAGGCUACAAAAAUUGGGGGAUCAUAUGUCAUUAGAUGCUGCAAAACCUAUUGCCAAUGAGGAUGAUUCAAGUAUUAACAUCAUCAGUGAUGGAGAUGCAGAUGGUGACCAGGUGAGCCCUAGGGCUGAUAAGCAGAGUGAGAUCACCCUGAAAAGAAAAAGGUUCCGUCUCAGCCAUGUAGUCGGUGAAGAAGCUAAAUCAGCAAAUCUAAGGACACGAGAUGGACAUUUUAGUGAGCUGACCAGAUAUGAUAAGCAUUUUCAGAGUGAUAGGUUCGUAAGCCACAGUGAAAAUAGCGGGAAAGAAGCACUUUUAGGAUACCGAGUAUCUUCGAGCAAGAACCUUUUUAGAUAUGUGGCGCAUGUAGAUAGACCUAGGCAGAGGAAAAUUGGUUCUCCACCUGCCAUUGCAGCUACAGAGAAGGCAAGAGGUUCAGAUUUAGUACAUACAGUGCCAUCUACUAGUAUGGCUGCUCAUGCGGAGGAUGAACUUGCAGAAGCAAUCGACAUUGAUGAUAAACCUGAAGUGGCAAAUGGGUCGAAUGCAGCCUCAGAUGCUGCUGGUGAUAAGCACAUCAUCCGGACUUCACUACCAGCCGGUCCUCCAAAUGCCCUUGAACACAAUGACAAGUACAAGAGGUAUGACGAAGACACGGACGUGGUUGUGUAUGGAGUUCAUAAUGACCUCGGUCUAAUUGAUCUAAAUGAAGGUGGAAUCAAGAACUAGUUGCUAUGCUGAAUAGGGUGGUUGGCAAAAGAAGGAAAAAAAAAAUCAGUAGUUUUUUUUUUUUCUUUUUGGGCUGAAAUUCCAGUUGUAGAAUCUGCUAUGGUUGCAAGUUCUCCUUCUAUGCUUGACGGAAGGUUAAUUAAUCACUUUAGUUUCUUGAGUUU